AUGUCGCCUCUCCAGAAUCCAACAGACGCUGAGGCUGACCCUGCCCGCCCGAGCCUAGAAGCGGCCAUCAUCAACCCGGGUACUGUCAAAAUCAACGUGCAAGGCGCUUACAUCGUGGACGACCAGCCCCAAACGCCAGAAAGUGCGACCGAUGGCGACGGCGUGCAUUACGAGCGGAAGGAUAUCCGACUUCCUCAUCAUACAAGUGUGGUGAGCCAUGUGGCUGUUGAUAUUGGCGGCUCGUUGGCAAAGUUGGUAUAUUUUACAAGAGAAUUGGAGUCGCCGCAGGAAGGCGGCCGUCUCAAUUUUAUCAAUUUCGAGACGGAGCGCAUUGACCGGUGCAUCGAGUUUAUUAAGCAGCUGAAAGAGGACCACGAGCGACUCAAUGGCUCCGCACCAGGCGAGCUGUGCGUUAUUGCGACCGGAGGGGGAGCUUAUAAAUAUUACGACAAGCUGAAGGCGACACUCAAUGUCGACAUUAUGCGGGAGGAGGAGAUGGACUGUCUUAUAACUGGCCUUGACUUUUUCAUAAACGAGAUACCGAACGAAGUAUUCAGCUACAGUGAAACGGAGCCCAUGAAAUUCACAGAACCCCGUGCAGGCGCAUAUCCUUACUUACUCGUGAAUAUCGGGUCUGGAGUGUCAAUGAUUAAGGUGUCUGGACCUAAUCAAUUCCUGCGCGUCGGUGGAACACAUCUCGGUGGAGGAACCUUUUGGGGCAUAUUGGCACUUUUGACCGGGGCCACCACGUUCGACGAUAUGCUCGCAAUGGCGGACCGUGGAGAUAACAGCGGUGUCGACAUGCUGGUCGGCGACAUAUAUGGCAUGGAUUACACAAAAAUCGGUCUCAAGAGCACCGCGAUUGCGAGUACAUUCGGCAAAGUUUUCAAGAUGAAGCGAGCUGCGGAGCGUCAGGCCGAAGAUGGACGAAACCUUAGCGAGGACCAUGAAAAUACGUCGUCUGUGCAAUUCAGUCAUGAAGACAUGAGUCGUAGCCUUCUUUUUGCCAUCAGUAACAACAUUGGUCAAAUCGCGUACCUACAGUCAGAAAAGCAUCAACUUCAGCAUAUUUACUUCGGCGGCUCGUUUAUUCGCGGGCAUCGUCAAACUAUGAAUACUCUUUCCUAUGCUAUCAAAUUCUGGUCCAAGGGCGAGAAGCAAGCCUACUUCCUUCGACACGAGGGCUACCUCGGCGCAGUUGGCGCCUUUCUCAAACGACAGCCACAGAACUGGGGCCGACGGAACAGUAUCGAAGACCCUGCGCCUUUCAAACAAGUUCAGGAGGAUCUGCGCCAAGAGCUCCAACAAAAACAGCAGCAAUCCAGCCAGGCUCAACUGCAAAGCUCCUCAUGA